AUGGGGACUCCUACCUUCCUAGGUCUUUCUCGAGAGCUUCGAGACGAGAUCUAUGGGCACUACUUCCGCCUCGAAGACGGCUACUGGCUAAAUUCCGAUACUUCAAAAUUCACUUCCAAUGAGGGUACUCGAAUUGAGCUAGACUUACGCUCUACCAACCUCCAGAUCGCAGCGGAAACACGUGGUCUCGCACUCAAAAACAACGAACUUCACGUAAAUACCUGCUGGGAACCAUGGGCAAACCAAAGAGUCGGAAACUAUGCAUACUACCUCGAGGAACUCCAUCGCAAGAGAGCGACGUCGCUCUACUACCUUUGUCUACAAGCUGAAGCGCUCCUCCGCCCAGAGGUUUUUGCUAGAGUGAAAAAGCACUACGCGCAGUUCCUGCCCGAUUUGUGCAGCUUCAAGGACUCAAAAUAUGUUGCCGGUCACAGUCGACUCUGGAAGAAAACUCCCUCUACCGUCCGCCAAUUUGUUAAAUCGGAACUUACGUACAUUGUCAAGGAAACACCAUCGAUAGGCUGGGCCAACAAGCUUCUCACACACUGUGUACCGGAUUGCGAACCCUGGUGCGUACCCACGUCAGAGAGUGUCGAAAAAAUGUUCUUGUUCAUGCCUGACGGCCUACCCGAGACCCACAGGGAAGCCGCAGCUGCAGCGUUCUGGGACGGAGAGAAACAACGAUUAUCAGCUGCUUCCAUGGCGAUCCGCUUCUUAAGCCAGGCCUCACAAAAGACGAGAUUGGAGAUUAGAAAGGUUGUGCUACACGAAAAUCGGAAGUCGGUUGCGUGGCCCGAGAGUCAUGCGCGUGGGCUUAUCCAAUUCUGCAAGGAGAAUCCGAACAUGCGUAUCGAGCGUCGUGUGGACCUCUGGAGGAACGCCUUCCCCGCCGGAGAUCUGCCGUUGGUAAAGAUUCCGAAGUAUAGGAACUUCCGGACUAUGCCAACCUUUACCAUUAGCCGGAGUCUUGUGGGUUGGAUUAUGGAGGCUGUCAUACUGCCGUCUUUGGGCAUGCCAGAGAACGCAUUCACACUCGUAUUAACCGACGAGCCAAAUCAGAUCAUGAACGCGGGUGUCUUUGAUGUGGCUAUUGAAGAUGCAGCCACACAGGCUGCCUUCGUACGUGCUGCAAGGCUUCCUGGUGGUAGGUUCGACACAGGUCGGUGCGAGCCCGGUAGUGACAUGCCCAUUGUCUACGAUGCGCAACAGUGGUACAAAAUUUGCAAAAUUCCUUUUAUCAUGGACGGAUUCCCAGAAGCAAUCGACGCCAUCAGAAGGAACACGUCAUUAGUGACGUGUGAUUUCCCCAUAACGACUCUAGACGAGUCAGCACACGUGCAGCGAUUCUCAGAGUACUUGCCGAUAAACACAUCGGAAGACUUGGAGAAAUGGAGCGCAGCAUGGAAAGCGCGACAUACUAAGACGGGAUUUGUGCCUCAGUCACCGGCGCCUUCCUGGCUUGAGCUGCGCAAUGAAGACCGCGUCCACCCACCGCAAGGCCCUCAAUCUUCAGGGUUGAUCUGGUCAAAUCAGGCCUUUGAUAGGGGGGAUGCACGAAGACGCGAACUCUAUGAUGCGCUGAUGGACGAGAGGUGGGGGAAAGGAUGGAGAGAUGGAGUGAGAGCGGGAAGGAAGCGGAGGCGAGAGUCGGCAGGAACCUGA